AUGCCUAAACGACAGAGUGACGAAGAAAAUCCGGGCGUAAAGACGGAAGGCGUAGAUCUCGCUCCGCCUUUGAAGAAGCAAAAAACAGCUGGUGCAAAUUCGGGUCGACCAAAAGCGGCCAAGAAAGUUUGGGAAGAAGAGGAAAUGACGGCGCUUUGGAAGGCGAUAUACGGCUUGGUCAAGGAGAAUAUCCCUGGCCUUAUGCAGAACCCCGAGAUGAAACCGUUCGGUCGGAGCAGUGCCAAUUUGCACUGCAAGGUCGAUCAGGUCUUUGCCUCGCUUACUGGAAAGAAACGAUAG